UGAAGCUGUUGCACUUGUUUUAACGGCUGAUCGCCUCUGAAACUGCUUUAUUUGAAGCGCGGGCUUUUUUUGCGCGUCAACAAUGAGCAGCAUGGAGCGGCGGUGUGCGCGUUAAACAUUUCACUCAUUGGGAUUUUUAUAUUUAGCUUUGUGCGGGACGCGCUGCAGCGGAAAGAGGAGACCAGACCCCGGUGUUGCUGUCUGUCAUUUUCAUCAAUUUUUUCAUUUUCGAUCCCAGAAAAAAACUUGUUGUUCACACCGCGGUGCGCGCUGUGAGGCUAUGUGGUGGUGAGGCUCCGUGUGUGUGCACAUAUAUAUCUACAGAUCCGGGGGGAGAACAUGAUGAUGAUGGCUGGUGGUGUCGGAGCAGCUGUGGACCAUAACGGGAUUUACUCCAACCCAAACCUCCACAGCCUGCAGCAGACCGAGGCUGAUAACCCGGACUCCCGCAAGCGACCGCUGGAGACUCCGCUGGAGGAGGCCGGCUGCACCAAGCGCACCAACACAGGAGAGGAGGGCGAGUACUUCCUGAAGGUGCUGAUCCCCAGCUAUGCAGCCGGCUCUAUAAUUGGCAAGGGUGGCCAGACCAUCGUACAACUGCAGAAAGAGACGGGUGCCACUAUUAAGCUGUCCAAAUCCAAAGACUUCUACCCAGGCACAACAGAACGUGUCUGUCUGAUACAGGGUACAGUCGAAGCCCUCAAUGGCGUCCAUAACUUCAUUGCGGAGAAAGUCCGCGAGAUGCCCCAGAGCGCUCAAAAACCUGAACCAGUCAGCAUACUGCAGCCACAGACCACCGUCAACCCUGACCGCGUCAAACAGGCAAAAUUGAUUGUGCCCAAUAGCACAGCUGGGCUGAUCAUUGGCAAGGGUGGAGCCACAGUGAAAGCCGUGAUGGAGCAGUCAGGGGCUUGGGUGCAGCUCUCCCAGAAGCCAGAGGGCAUCAACCUGCAGGAGCGGGUGGUAACCAUCAGUGGGGAACCUGAACAGAACCGCAAGGCAGUAGAGAUCAUAGUACAGAAGAUCCAGGAGGACCCUCAAAGCAGCAGCUGCCUCAACAUCAGCUAUUCCAAUGUCUCGGGCCCCGUGGCCAACUCCAACCCCACCGGCUCCCCCUACGCCAACACAGCCGAGGUGAUGCCCAAUGCGGCCGCAGCCGCUGCUACCGCCUCCAGCCUUCUGGGCCAGGCCGGCCUGACAGGAAUGGGUGCCUUCCCCGCCACCAUGUCCACCUUCUCUGGCAACGAUCUGCUGGCCAUCACCUCAGCCCUCAACACGCUGGCCAGCUACGGCUACAACACCAACACCCUCGGCCUGGGCCUCAACCCUGCAGCUGCCUCUGGGGUCCUCGCUGCAGUCGCAGCUAGCGCCAACCCGGCUGCUGCUGCUGCAGCUAACCUGCUAGCCUCCUACGCUAGUGAUGUGUCCGGUGGUGUGGGCCACCCGGGUGUGGGCCUCGGGGGAUUCUCCCUGGGUUCUCUAGCAGCUGCUACAGGGGCUUCCAAUGGUUACCUAAAUGCUUCAUCCCCACUGAUGGCCUCCUCUCUAUUGGCAGCAGAGAAGCUGGGGGAUGGGGCCAAGGACGUGGUUGAGAUUGCUGUGCCCGAGAAUCUGGUUGGUGCCAUUUUGGGGAAAGGAGGGAAAACGCUGGUAGAAUACCAGGAGCUAACAGGAGCCCGCAUCCAGAUCUCCAAAAAGGGAGAGUUCAUUCCUGGUACUCGGAACCGUAAAGUUACCAUAACAGGGUCGCCAGCCGCUACGCAAGCAGCGCAGUAUCUGAUCAGCCAGCGGAUCACUUACGAGCAAGGCGUGCGCGCUACCAACCCACAAAAGGUGGGCUAAAAGUUAAAGGAAGAGGAAAGAAGGAAAGGAUGAAGACAGAGAUAGAAGGGAAUUGAGAGAGUCACGAUGAAUAGAAAAAGAAGCGUCCAAAUAUCUGUUCAAUAUUUCAGAAUCAAAUGAAAGAAUCACAAAGGAGGAGGUGGGGGAGACAACCAAGAUAAGUGUGUGUGAUAUGUGAAUGUGUUUUUAGGACUGAUGUCCUGAUGUUUUUUAAAAGUUUGUGUCGAGUCCUUUUGACGAUGGUGAUCAACGUAAGCUGAACUGGUCCACUGCCAAGCUGCAGAUUCAAGGGUGAGGCCGCAGGGUUUCACCCCCCUCCAAAACCUCAUAGCUGUUUCCUUUUCUUGUUUGGGUUUUGUUGGUUUUAUUUCAGUUGCAAACCUCAGCUCCCGGCGAGUUGAGCAAGUCAGAUGAAGUUCCAGUCAGCUGAUAGAGCUGUUUUACAAACCUUGCUCUUUGUAUACAAUGCAGAAGGCAUUGUUAACAGGGUAGAGGUUUUAUGACAAGCACCUGAGGUCAUCUCAGUCUACGGGAAGCAAUCUAAGAAUAAUUUCUUUAAAAUGUUGACAUUUGUUGAAUUCUGGCUCAUAUCAUAAUUGAACUUUCUAAAUUUGGGUAUUUUAUACUUUCAUCCUUUAUUUAUUGACAUGGUCUCAUUCAAACACAAAUAGAUUAUUUAAACCUGUGAAUGCAGGUUGAUCUGAAUGUAAAAACAAUAUAAGCCUAUUGCUAUUUUUUAUUUACAGGGAUCAAAUAUUGUGUUGCAGUGAAGAAAUGUAUAACUCGAACCCAGACUGAACUUCACUGUUGUUGUCUGCAAGUAUAGUUCAGGGGUUUAAUAAUCAAUGUGAGAGGAUAGAGGAGACACAGAAUGUAUGAAUAUAUUUUACACAACACACUAAUGCUCCCAGAAACAUAUUUGCAUAUUCAGUCACAGCUACAAACACGUAAAUAUGUCGUUUAACCCUUUGUUGGUGCUAUAGGAUUAGGUUUAUAUCUCCUUUACCAUGAAAUCAGAAUCUCUCUGGCGACUAUUCUUUUAAUUUGAACAACUGAUGUGUCGUCCAGCCAUUAGUAGCCCAUUGGAUCUGACCCAGCCUCUCACUUAAUGAAAAAGUAUUGAUUUCAGCCUUUCAUGAUGAAAAGCAUUCCAGUCUUAAUAUUUAAAGUCCAUCCUUGCUCCCAAUGCAGGUUUUUUCAAGAAAUUGGCCAAUUAACCUGACAAUAUGUUUGCCUUAGUCAUACACUUGUUUCGUCCCAGAAUUAACUUAAAGCUACCUUAAUGCAGUGUCUAACCAGUUCAGUCAACAAAGGGAACAAAGCACUACAAAAGCAUUUUGAUAAGAAAAGCUGUAUGAACCAAUAUCUGUGAACAAAGAAAAUAUUGCCUUUACAUUAAGGGUACCAAAUAGUCAUAAGACACAUACAUCAAUGAAAGGGAAGUAGAAUGACACUUGAAAAGAAGGGUUGGACUCAUUUUUUUCUGUGAGCCAUCCUUUCCAAUUAACAUCAAGACAAAAAGAGAUACUUCAGUUCAUCCAGACAGCCUGUUGUCGUUCCCAAAACACGUUAACACUCACUAACUGCGGGUGGAGAGCGUAAUAAAACAUCGAGAAAUGUUUUGGCAUCGUUGUCUUUUAUGGGCAAUUGUUUGUCUAAUGCAGGGAGGCUAAUUGUCUAGAGCAUUGUUAAGCACUCGAAGAUUACCUUGGCUUCCUUCUGUGCUGCUAUCCGUGCUGUUCAUCCUGAGUACACUGGGUCUCUGAAGACUGCACUGUGAGACAUUAAGAACACAAUGUAAAGCAUGUCUGUCCCUGCUGGGAUGUGAGUAUAUUUUAAUGUGCACAUAUAUGUCACAUAAACAAGACCUACCAAUACUGACAGAAGGGAUAAAUAUCCACAAGAGCAUUUAUACUCCAGCGUCUUGUGAUGUUUCUGUUUACCAGUACCAAUGCACUGCACUUAAAUUAGCAGACGUUUUCUGAUCAGUGAACCAUAAAUUAUUCCCACCACACUUUCCUGCAUUCUCCAGUCCUAUUACGUCCACUUCCCUCCUUUGAAACAUAUUUUCAAUUGUCCCUAUCAACCCGAGCUCUAUGAUCAGCUUCCUGAAUGAACGGCUGUGAGGGUUGGUGCUGAGUAGUGUCCAAAAAAAUCAGAACCUCUCCCGUUUAUAAGAAACUUUAACAAAUUGCCUCUUCUCUUUUCAUCGUUCAUGGUCCAUGAUAAAUGGAUUUAAAAACAACUCCUCGUGUCUAAGCAUUGCAGCAGUGAGCCUUUCUUCCUAUCUGAAAUCUCUCCUUUCACUUCGUGUCCGGAAGGCUUCACAGUCAUCCAUAACUACAAUCUGGCCACUAUUAAAAUCAUAGCAUACUAUAACCUUUUCCUGCCCAAGUUUUUAGCAUAUAAUAAGAUACAAGCACAAAACAAGGGAAUGUUUUAUCAAUGCAACUGGACUGCUUGACUGCAGAGAGUUCUCCUUUUAAAGCUCUCGGAUCAUUACAUUGUGCCAAAUACAAUUUUCUCUCUGCCCUUCAUAAACUUUCCUCUUCCUCUCAGCAUUUUAUUCCCCUGCAUGUUGCUGUUUCUCACCGUUCUGAGAUCCCUCCUGUGUCCUAAUCCCUGUCUGUGCUUCUUCCUGCUCUGUGCUCUCCCCCUCUUUCUCCUUCCUCCUGUCUUGUCUUCUCAUGGGUGGUGUGCUGGUGGUGGGAGUUAUGCACUAUAGGUCAAAAGGGUAUGAAAAUAUUAUCCCAGGCCGUAGAGUUCACAAGGCUUAAAUGCACAGAAAACACCUGCCUCCAAAACUGUGACACCCACAAGACCAACCAGCAACGUUAGCUCAAAGUAUCAAAUUCCCUCUAUAAGAAAAACAAGUAGGAUUUAGACUGUGAACUUUGGCCUUCUAGGGGAAGAGAAAGAGCUGUUUUUCUUCCAAAAGGAGGCAAAAUAGAUCUUCAUAUGUCAGCUGAACAAAUUUAGCUCAAGUUUCAGCCUCUAAACAAAGUGUAGAAAGGACAGAAUGCAUAAGAUAGUGAGAGUAAGGUGGGAACUUGUUUGUGACCUCAAGCCGAAACAACGACAUCCUUUAUGCAUAUCCUCUUAUCUGAAAAUGACUAGAAUUCAUUUCUGUGGAAUACAAUAUGUCAUGUCAUAUGAUCUAUAUGUACUUUAUUGUAGCUAUUCUAGUUUGUAGUCCAAAUGCAGUCCAGCGUUGUCGAUACAAUGUGAACUAUGUUAUAUUUGUGUGGAUGAUGAGAGUGCCAACUAAGCCUGAUUAAGAUUAGCUUUGCGAUUUGUUUGUGCAUUAUGAUGACUCAUCAUCAGCCGGUGGUGUCCAUAUUUCUGUCAUUGAUGAUUUAGUUUGACAGUAAGAAAAUGUAAAGAAUAUUGGAAGCAAUAUAGUAGCAUGUUGUCCUGUUUUGUGUUUUAUGUCUGUUGUAUGAACCUUUGAAAUUACUAAGAUUUUGAAUGAAUAGGUUUACAUGUACUUUUUGUAAGUUAUGAAAAUGCUGCUAUUUGAUAAGUAAACUAUACAAAAUAUUUUAGUUGAAAAGAUGUCUGGUCUGUUGAUUAGAAACAUGCUCUCAAAGGCAAGAGCAUAAAACGAGGUGUAUAAAAUACUAUACAGUAUUGGUAAGAUAGUAAAAGUAAUAAUAGACUUCAUAGUACAACCUGUGCCAAACUAGACCUCCGCAGCUUCUGAAAUUGUAGAUGUGCGAUCAGAUGUUAGAUAUCAAUAACUUGUUUAGAAGUGCUGAUCAAGUGCCAAUCAAACACUGUCUUUUAAGUUAAGAAAAGAUAAUCAAAUACAUUACUUAAGAAAACAAAGGACAAUAACUUUUUUGUGCAUUGUUUUAUCCCAUAGGUACAUAGAGUAAGAGUUAAAGAUUGUGAUUUUUAUGGAUCCAUGUUGUUUUACACUCCAUGCAUCCCUUGUGUGUUCGUUUGACCUGUGGCUUAAGUACUGCUGUCUCACAAAUAUCUCUAUAGGCCAGCAUGGACUAAGCAUAACAUGUUAUAAGCAUUCAUAACAUACCAUUAACAAUCAAAAAUGUGUUUGUGAAAUUAGGUGUUAUCUUUUUGCACGUCUUCUAUUGCAUGGUAUCAAAGUAAAUUAUGGAGGAAAAAAAUUACAAAAAUUUGCGAGGUGUCUCGCAACAUUCAAAGACAUAACGCUGCAUGCAGUCAAAUGUAAAGCACUUAAGUUUACUCACCUCAUGUUAAACAAGUUGUUUUUGUGUUGUGAGUUGGGAGGGAUCUCAUUAUUGUCAUGUUGGCCCGGAAAAAAAAAAGACGCACACACAUCUCAGAUCAUCAUCUAUCAUGUCUCUAAAUAUCAUCAGAGAAGAUAUUUAGAUUUUUAGGAACAGUGAGGAGUAUUAAAUAUGUGAAACAAGCAAACGUGAAAAUGUUAUUCAGUGCAUUGGCUCCUUGUGUUUUGCUUUUUCAAGAUAUCAGACAUGCAUUUAUUUCUACUAACAGGUUGAACCUCAUAUAACCUGACCGAUAAUGUUUUUUAUGCCACAGCUUGAAAGCCCAGAUCUAAUCUAUGAAUGUACACAUUUACUCUUUUUCUUAUUUCUGUCGAAUGUCAUCCGUCUUGGGAAUGUAAAUUCAGGGCAGGAAUGUCAAAUACAUGUAGAGUUAAUAUCUAUGUCAAAAACAGAUUUCAGCUAUAGUCAGGUAGGCCUCACACGGCCAGUCAUGAACCAGAUUUGUUUGAACGCAACUUCCGAUUCGCUGUCAACAUUAUCUUGUUUGUUUGGUGUUGCAUAAAUGCACUUUACUGAUCAGUGGGUCAUGUGAAAUGAAGCAAACCAUGUUGACGUUCAACAGUUUUCAAUUUGUUUUGUCAUUUGUUGUUGCUCUGAUGUUACUUUUGUUUAUUUAUUCCUGAUCGUGUUGGGUCUCAUGAAUGAUGGAAAGGGCUGGAGUCUCAGACAAAAUAGAAAAGUAGCACCUGUUGCUCACUCGAAGGCUUCUCCUUCACAUUCCCUUCAGCACAGCUUACUGAGGGCUUUGUUUUACACUAACAUGUUAAACCAGGAGGGAUCUGUACACUUUGUCUUUUUGCAUCCAUUUUUGCUUUUAAUAACAAAUUAUAAAAUGGCUUUAAUUUCUCCAGAAAAUUGGGAUUGAAUCAAUGGGCUGAAGGUACUGAGGCUGAUGUAACAGUCAGAUCUGAGAGACAUAAUCGGCACCAUCGAAAUAAAAAAGCCUCUACCACCUCCCGAUAAAGAUAAUCACAGAGGAAGCCGACACUGAAAAACUGAAACGUUGAAAAGCAAUAAUAUUAACUUGAACCUACUUAAACUUAAUAGUAUUGCUUUCAACUAACCUAAUACAGUUAUGUGAAAUUUGUUGACAUAAUACAUUUAAUUAAAGACAAGGUUUCAGUGUUUUGUCCGACUUUGAGUGGUAAAGGCCAUGUUAAUUUCUCUCAUUUUUGUGUCAAACCCCCCUUACAUUUCUACUUCCCAUCUGAAUGCCAAACGAAUUGCAGUAUCAUUCCAAAAGUUGUUAUAUGUUUAUUUUUAUUUUCACUCCAAAUGUGUCCAGGACAUUCAUCCGCCCACAGAGCCCUUUCACAAGAAGGCUAGGACUGGUUUUAAACUACAGACUGCUUACUCCUCUCUUAAAACCUGUCCUCCCUGAGUGUCCCUCGCUCAGCCUCACCAUCUCUGUUCCAUCACACUGAGCACCUGCUACUUUGUCCGCCCUUUAAACGGAUAUUUCUGAGCUCUUUCGUCUGAGAAAAUACGGGAUUCUUUGCCAACCUGACAUGAGGCCAUUUUUGUCUUUGACCCUCUGAACCUCCCAUGAACUUAGUUGACCUUCUCCAUCCCCAAGAACUCAUGUAUUUGUUGGAUAUCUUACACCACGAGACUGUUCUUUGUUUUCUGGAUGAUACUGCAGGGGUUGAACGCUUGCUUGAGUGUAAACUGAAGAAAAGCAUGCCAGUACCUUGCAAUCAUUAUCAUGUCAGUUUCUUUCCAGGUUUACUUCGUUUAACCUCUGUUCUAUCCAUCUCAGAAAAAAAAAUGGACUGACAGCAUAAGCUCAAAUAUUCCAACCUAAGAGAAGUGAUGUUUUGUUGAUUGGGUACAUUUCUCUGUGAUAUAAAUGACAACAGUUCUGUCUUUAGUUUGUUACGAGGAGAGUCUGUGAAAGUCUGCAGUAUUAACUACCUAAAGGGCUUUCUAGGACAGCAUUUAUAUGUCUUUUAAAAUGAAAAAGUCCUCUAAAUAUAUUCAGAAAUAAGAGGAGAAUGUCUUGUGCCAUUUAGCAAAAGUGUGAAGGCUUUUGACGGCAAAUAUUUGUCAGCAAGAGUGCCAAAUAUUUCCAUACUGAGCCAAAAGGCAGCCAGCCUACAUAACUAAAUGUUAGAUCACUGAAAUGGUUACGUCCCAUUUCCACUCCCCUUGAGAAACACUGAGUGUACAACGUUUGAGCUCAUGUGCCAUUAUUGUUAUGCUGCCAGUCUGUUUUCUGCUUUUGUCAGAUGAACAUCUCAGAAGCAGUAUAUUUUCUAAAUGAUACACUGUUGGUAAAAAAAAAAAAAAAAGACAACAGCUACUAUGGUGAGGAAAUGAGAGGGUUUUAAAAGUCAUUGUUUUUAUUAUUAGUUUAUUUGAACAUUAUUCAUUAAUAGAUUUAACGGUAAUGACUAUUUAAUGUAACUGUAGUACUGUGUUUGUAAAAUAAAUUCAGUGAGUUGUGUUUUAUGACUCGUGGACUACCAGUGAAGUCAGCAUUUCAGUGUUAAUAAUUGAAUUGUUUUUUAAAGAUUAUUUUUGCGACGGCAACAAAGAGUCAUUAUAAAUGUUCAUUUUAACAUCA